AUGGCACAGGGCGGCCUCUUGGAGAGCGUGAUGGAUGCGCUUGGUAACAAGGUGACGUCAACCAUUCAUGCUCGGGUGUCGCCUUUGUUGCAGCUUGUGCAUUACUAUGAACAGUUGGGUUGCAGCUGUUUUCCAUUGACGGAACAUCUGGUAUAUGAGUACAUGAAGAGCAGUCUGCAUAGGGCUCCAUCUUUUCACAGGUCGUUGCUGCUUGCGAUCAGUUUUGCAAGUUUUCACUUUGGCUUGGAUGGGGCGAAGACAGUUUUGGCAUCAGGGCGCAUCAAAGGGUGCGCUCAGAAGCACUAUGCAGAGAAAAGGAAAUUAAUACAGAGACCUCCACUGACCGUUGAACAAGUCAUGGCACUUGAGAAGAUUGUUCUGGACGAAGGUCGGACAGACACCGAUCGCAUUGGCGCUGGGUUUUAUUUGACCUUGGUUUACGGCAGAUUGAGGUACAGUGAUGCUCAACAGGUCUCACAUCUGGCUUUGGACAUGCCGAAUGCCAGGCAAGGCUUUCUGGAAGGCGUGGCAGGAAGUGAAAUUCAGGUGCGCUAUUGCUUGGUCAGGAAAGCCUUGGCUUUUGACCAGUCGAACUUGCUGGACUUCAAGUUGAUGGAAUCCUGGACAGAGAAACUUUUGCAGAGCCGUUUGGAAGAACCUUCUCCAGGCUUUGCCCGAACGACGAUGAAGCAAUUGGAGUUAGCAGAUAGGAAGCUGUUUUGCAUACUGGCCGAGAAAACGAGAGAAGGGAUCAAGAGCACAACCACGGGGAGGCCCUUGGAUGCAGUUUUCAAAGAUUGCACUGAGUUAUCAGAAGUACUUGCGCUGCUUCAACCUCGACCGAGCAGCAUGUCAGCGCAGCCAGAAAGAACCAGAGAGGCAAACAGCAACGCAGGUGAACCACCAGCCAAGAGACCCAGGCAUGAGGGUGGAAAGGGCAAAGGAAAAAGCAAGGGGAACAAUGGAGCUUUUGUCAGAAUGCCACAUGAUCUCUUGAAGUUGAGUUGCGUUGCAGCGACCCCCAAAAAGCACAGGAUUUGCUUUUCUUACAAUUUGAAGAAGUGUGAUGUGAAUGGGCAGAAAUGCCCGAAGGGCUUGCAUGUUUGCGCUGUGCAGGGUUGUUUUCGUGCUCACCCUGCCCUAGACUGCCAAAAGGGAUUGUAA